UUCAACCAUCAACUAACAGACCUUGCUAUCUCAACAUUAAUGUGAUGCAUCUUGUAUAGCAAAGGCCCAUACAUACACACUGCAGCCUUCACAUCUUUUGUACCACAACCAAGCACAAAAUUAACUUUGGCAUGAUCCUAAUUCUAUAAUCUUAGUGGUGAGAAAUCAGUGACUUUUUUUCUGUAGAGUAACAAGUUAGAAGUUUUGGUGCUGAAAUGGGUAGUAGAGAAAUCAGGUCUCCUGAAGAUCAAGUCAUUGGAACACCAACUUCUAUGCAAAAUUUCAAGAGAAAGAAGCUUGGAACCUAUUUCAUCGAGUCCGACGACAGACGAGGUGCACUUGGUGGAGGUUAUACCGUAGGGAGUACUCCUGUUAACCUUCACCGGAAACCCAUGUCUGAAGCUGAUAUUUCUAAGACUGGUGGUUGGGUUGCUGCUUUUUUCAUCUUUGGAAACGAGAUGGCUGAGAGAAUGGCUUACUUUGGUUUAUCAGUGAACAUGGUUGCUUUUAUGUUCUAUGUUAUGCAUCGGCCCUUCUCGAGUUCUGCCAAUGCCGUCAAUAAUUUCCUGGGAAUAUCACAAGUGUCGUCUGUACUCGGUGGUUUUCUAGCUGAUGCUUAUCUUGGUCGAUAUUGGACUAUUGCAAUUUUUACAACCAUCUAUCUUUUGGGGUUAACAGGGAUAACGUUAUGUGCAACUAUGAAGUUGUUUCUGCCAAGCCAAGAACAAUGUGAUCAGAUAGCAAUCCUUCUAGGAAACUGUGAGCCGGCGAAGCCAUGGCAAAUGCUAUUCCUCAACACGGUUCUCUAUAUAACAGGGUUCGGAGCAGCAGGCAUAAGGCCGUGUGUCUCUUCGUUCGGAGCUGAUCAAUUUGAUGAAAGAAGUAGAGAUUACAAAGCUCACCUGGACAAGUUCUUCAACGUAUUCUAUCUGUCUGUCACCUUCGGGGCUAUCAUAGCGUUUACUGCAGUCGUCUAUAUACAAAUGCACUAUGGAUGGGGAUCCGCGUUUGGUUCGUUAGCCUUGGGUAUGGGCAUCUCUAAUGCACUAUUCUUUAUCGGCACUCCUACUUACAGGCAUAGGUUGCCCGGGGGCAGCCCUUUGACACGCAUCGCACAAGUUCUGGUUGCAGCCUUCAGAAAAAGAAAUGCUUCUUUCUCCAGCAGUGAGAUGGUUGGCUUGUAUGAGCUUCCAGGAAAAAGAUCUGCUAUCAAAGGCAGUGCAAAAAUUGAACACACUGAUGACUUCAGAUGUCUGGACAAAGCAGCCCUAAAGUUGCCGGAAGAUGGCCCAGAUCCAAACCCUUGGAAGCUUUGCACAGUAACUCAAGUGGAGGAAGUCAAAAUUUUGCUAAAACUCUUGCCAAUACCAGCUAGCACCAUUAUGCUGAGUCUCAUCUUAACAGAGUUCUUGACUCUGUCUGUUCAACAAGCAUACACUUUGAAUACUCACAUAGGCCGUCUCAAAGUCCCAGUGACCUGCAUGCCUGUGUUUCCUGCCCUAAGCAUAUUCUUUGUGCUUUCCCUUUAUUACUACAUAUUUGUCCCAAUAUCAAGGCGCAUCACAGGACAUCCUCAUGGAGCCUCUCAGCUUCAAAGGGUUGGCAUUGGCAUGGUAAUCUCUAUCCUCUCAGUCGCAUGGGCUGGGGUGUUUGAGAGGUUCAGGAGAAAUUAUGCAAUAAAACAUGGGUAUGAGUCCAGCUUUCUAAGUCCAAUGCCAGAUCUGAGUGCUUUUUGGCUGCUAAUACAGUACUGCCUCAUCGGAAUAGCUGAAGUCUUCUGCAUUGUGGGAUUGCUGGAGUUCUUAUACGAGGAGGCUCCUGAUGCCAUGAGAAGCAUUGGAUCUGCCUAUGCAGCAGUAGCUGGGGGUUUGGGUUGCUUUGCUGCAACCAUUUUGAACAAUAUUGUUAAAGCUGCCACCGCAGAUAAUGAAUCAAAGGGCCAUUCUUGGUUAUCCCAGAAUAUCAACACAGGAAGAUUUGAUUAUUUUUACUGGCUUCUUACAGGACUCAGUAUUAUCAAUUUCUGUGGUUUCCUCUAUGCUGCCCACAGAUACAAAUACAGAGCAGUCCACGCGGGACAAUAAUAGAAGGCAGGAGCAUCCGAGUCAACCCCAUAUUUAAGAAUGAAUUUAUAUAUUGUGUUCAAUCAGGUUGAUUUAGGACUGAAAUUUUAAUUAUUUAAGCCCAGUAUUUGACUUUUGUUAUACUGCAUUUCUGUAGCCUUUGAACAAAACAUCAAACAUUCUUACUCCAUAGUAACACCAAAUAGAAAUGUACAAAGGAAGAAUGUAUCCGUAGAUUACCUGUUAUGUUGACAGA